CACGUCUCCUGCUGUCCCGCCAGUUUUUGGGGUUUUUUUGGGGGGUUUUUAGGGGGGGGGCUUUCAAUACCGAUGGAGGACGAGAAGAGAGCCAGAGGGUUUGUCUCGGCGGAGCUGAAGCGGUCCCAGGACCUCAGUGCGGUCACUCACAGCAUCGUCCGGGAGAGAUACCUCCGUCACAUCGGCCAUGAUUCGCUGAGCAAGGAAGACAGACAGCGGCUCAAGCGAAUAGUCGAGGAGGAGCUGCUGAAAAUGCAGAACAGCGAUACCGAUUCGAGCGAUGACGAACCCCUCAUUCUUAAAGCAAAGGGUCCCAAGACAGGGGGUGGCCCCAAAACCAAGCGCAAGAGGGAGUCCAGCGAGGAGGAGGAGGAGGGGAGAGGAGGAGAGAAAAAGACAAGACUGGAUUUGAUCAACCCAAAUUCUCCCGAUUCUGGCAUCGAGAGGCUAGGGAAAGAAGAGAGAGAGGGAUCAGAAGGAGGAGAGGAGGAGGAGGAGAGGAAGCAGGGAGAGAGCCGGCCUGAGAGAGGAAGGAAACGGAGAGGGGAGGAGUCUGGAGAGAGCGAGGGAGGAGAGAGGAAGAAAGCAAUGAAAAGAGCUGCCACUGUUUUGGAAUCGGAAGAGAGUGAAACCGAGACGUGCGAGGGAAGGAAACGGCAGCCAAAGAAAGCAGAGGAGGAAGAGAGAGAGAGCGAGGGAUCGCAGAGCGAGGAGGAGAGGGAGAGCGAGGCAGAGCUGGGGCUGAGAAGAAAGAAGAGUGGAGCGAGGAAGGAGGGGAGCCAAGGAGAGGAGCCGAAGAAGGGAAUGAAACAGCAGAGCGGAGAGAGAGAGAGUGAGGAGGAGGAGGGGUCAGAGAGCGACUCGGGAACCGCCAAAAGCAAGGGAACGAAACAGGGAAGAGAGAAAGCAGAGAGCGAGGGAGAGCAAUGGAAGAAAGGAAAGGAGAGAGGGAGCGAAGAGGAGGAGAGCACCAGCGACUCGUCUCUCCCCUCGCUGGACGAGGAAGAGCGCAAACCUGUCAAGAACGCCAAACCAGUCAAGAGCGCCCCGGGAGAGAAGAGAAAGAGAGAGAAGGAGGGAAAGAGAAAGAAGUCGGGGUCCCCCCAGGCCGGGGAGGAGCACCCCUCCAUCCGCCGGCUCAAGCGCUAUGUCACGGCUUGCGGGGCGCAUCGGAACUACAAGCGGCUGUUUGAGGGGUGCCGGUCCAACAAGGCCAAGAUCGGGGUGCUGAGAAGAGAGCUGGAAGAGAUGGGGGUGCAGGGGAAUCCGUCUCUUGAGAAAUGCAAGAGAGUGAAGCUGAAACGCGAGGAGAAGGCAGAGCUGGCAUCGCUAGACCUGAGCAACAUCAUUGAAGCAGCAGGGCGCCCUCGGAGGAAGGCUGCCGCCGUGUGGGACCCCUUCACGAACCCCCGAGCCCCGCUGUCGCCCCCUAGAGAGGACUACAGGAAGUGCGUGCAGUCGGGGUCCGAAUCUGGGUCAGACCAAGAGAGCGGUGCCGGGGGGAAGAGAAGAGUGACGGACUGGGACAACCUGAGGGGGGUCAUCAGCGACGACAUGGAGAGCGACUGAGACGAGAGCAACAGAGGAAAAUAUUCCACUGUUUUUUUUUUUUUGUACAGGAUGGAAUUGACUUUUUUUUAUAUCUGUAUAAAUUGGAAGA